UAAAUCCAGACCUUUGCCUGUUUCGGUAUCGAGGAAUCCAUGAAUCCUAUUUCACUUGCUCUUAGGUUGUACUAACGUCAUAUCUGCACAUGUUGUGUUGGAUUGAUUGUUCCCAGAAUAUAUUAUAGCCCGAAUUUGCAUGUGUGCGGGAUCCUCUGGAAUUGUGUAAUCAGGAGCGGGACCCAUGGUGUUACAAGCCCUUUCUUUAACGGCUAGCUUCUUGCAUUGAAAUACCCCUCUUUAGACCCUGUCUUUGCAGUGCUCGGACAGGACAAGCUCCAAGAGUUGUAGGAUCAGAGGACUGUCUGUUACUGCUGUACAAGAGGGAGACAAAAAAUGGGGCCCAAACAGAGAAGCAACAUGAUUUAUUUCUUAUGUUUACUAUUAUGGGUAGGCAUUGCGCACUGUGCUACCAACACAUCUGCUCCCACCACGGCUCCCACCACCGCCCCUGCGGCGCCAUCACCGUCCAAAUUAGCACCAGUGGCAGCGGCGCCCGCCGCCUCUGUUCCAGUAACAGCGCCCGUCUCCACCCCAUCCAAAGCUGCUCCUGCAAAGGCCCCUGCUUUGGCACCAGUGGCAUCGCCGACAAAAGCUCCUCCAUUGACAGCCCCUGCAACUUCUCCGCCUGCAGAAUCCCCUGCAACGCCUUCACCGGAAUCUGCACCAGUCGCAUCUCCAGUGGAAUCUCCCCCACCGACUUCAGUUCCUCCAGAGGCCUCUCCACCCACAGAAGUUCCUCCAGUCUCUUCACCGCCCAAGAAGGCCCCUGCGCCAUCACCGCACAAGAAGGCGCCUGCGCCAUCACCGCACAAGAAGGCCCCUGCACCUCCUCCCAAAAAGGGCAAAACACCAAAGGGGAAAAAGAAAUCGCCUGCACCUGCCCCGAGUCCCGUUGCACUGGGUCCCCCUGCCCCUCCAUUGGCUCCACAGCCUUCUUCCUCAAGCGAUUCAUUUGCGCCUGCAACCGCACCUUCAACUGAUUCAUCGAAGGGAGAAAUGAAGACCUUCGGAGCAGGGGCCAUUCUGGCAAAUCUCGUGCUUGGAUUUUACCUUAUUUUCCUCGUGUAGAUGCAGCUUUGUUAAGCGCUGAUUAUUUGAAGUUUUAUUUUAGAUGUAGCUGUAUGGAAUUCCAUUGAAUUCUUUUGUUCGCACGUUGAUUCUCUCAUAAUUAUUGUUAUUCGUUUUAUUGGAUUACUCCCGUCCUUUCAAUAAAAAAGGGAACAUUUUUUUCUUCU